GCCGAGGGGGCAGAAGCGGCGGUGCCUAGGAAGCGGGCGGGCGUGGGUUUCUUGGGCAGGACGGAGGCGCCUCUUGCGCCGCCCCGUUCCGCAGCGCCGGGGAGGCGCGAAGGGUGGAGCCCGUCAGGUGUUGGCGAUGGCGCUGGCCGUGCGACUGUGGCGCUGUCUCCCUGUGGGCCCCCGGCUCCUGACCAGGACUUCGGGCAGCCGCGCGCAGUGCAGUCCCUGGCGAUUCGGCGGCUCUGAGGUGUUGGCACAUCCAGGACCUUUAAAAAGAGGCCUUUUCUUCUCAGCCUUGUCUUACUUGGGUUUUGAAACUUACCAGCUCAUUUCUCAGACUGCUGUGGUUCAUGCCGCAGCCAAAGUUGAAGAAGUUCUUGAACAAGCAGACUACCUGUAUGAAAGUGGAGAAACAGAGAAACUUUACCAGUUGUUAACUCAAUACAAGGAAAGUGAAGAUGCAGAGUUACUGUGGCGUUUGGCACGGGCAUCACGUGAUAUAGCUCAGCUUAGCGGAACCUCAGAAGAGGAGAAAAAGCGGUUGGUGUAUGAAGCUCUAGAGUAUGCAAAAAAAGCACUAGAGAAAAAUGAAUCAAGUUUUGCAGCUCAUAAGUGGUAUGCCAUCUGCAUUAGUGAUGUUGGAGAUUAUGAAGGUAUCAAGGUUAAAAUUGCGAAUGCCUACAUUAUCAAGGAGCAUUUUGAGAAAGCAAUUGAACUGAAUCCUAAGGAUGCUACUUCGAUUCAUCUUAUGGGUAUUUGGUGCUAUACAUUUGCUGAAAUGCCUUGGUAUCAAAGAAGAAUUGCUAAAAUGCUGUUUGCAACUCCUCCUAGUUCCACCUAUGAGGAGGCAUUAGGUUAUUUUCACAGGGCAGAACAAGUGGAUCCAAACUUCUACAGCAAGAACUUGCUGCUUUUAGGAAAGACAUACCUGAAGCUACAUAACAAAAAACUUGCUGCUUUGUGGCUGCUGAAAGCCAAGGACUAUCCUGCACACACAGAGGAAGAUAAACAGAUACAGACAGAAGCUGCACAGUUGCUUACAGGUUUGUGACAAGAAUGGAUAACUUUUCAGAGAAGACAAUACCUAAAAUACCUAACAGAUACUGCCUUUUCAUUGAAUUAUAAAGAUAAUACAUUAACCAAAACUAUCCUAUGGCUCUUUUUCUCAGUUCUUUCAAUGUUGUGACUUUUUUUUUUUUGAGCAUGAGAACUCCCAUGCCUGGAUUCACUCCCCAAAUUGGGCUGCACCAGGGUGAAAGCUGCAAGCUAGGGACUCAAUCCAGGUCUCCCACAGUAGGUGGCAGGAAUCCAAUGACUUGAGCCAAAUCUGCUUCCUCCGAGGGUUGCUUGGCAGGAAGCUGGUGUUAGGAGCUGUAGAGGAAUUAAACCCAGGUACUCUAAUGUGGGAAAUGGACAUCUGAAUUGCUAUGCUAAUCACCUGCCUCUGUUAUGACUAUGUAACAGAUUAAAUAUAUGAGAACAAAAUUCUAGAUUUCUUCGUAAAUAACAAGAUAAGUAAUUACCAUUAUUGCCAUAAGAAGUAUAGUAGUAAAUCUCUAUGGCUCAGGUGGAGAAGUUAUUAUGCAUAUGAACACGAACCAUAAUGGAGAGGUGGGAUGAGGGAAUUAAUGAAAUCACCUUUAUUACUUACUAGUUCAAAUAUUUUUAUUUAAAGUAAGCAAAUUUUAUGUUUGUCAUGUACAUGUUUAGGGAUAAUGAGAUUUCUAAGGAUUGAUCACAUCAGGAUGGGAGGAGAUCAAGAAAAAGUUGUGUGGAAGAGGUGGGAUAUAGGCAAGCUAGUUACCAAGUUAGAUUUGAUGCAAACUUGAGAUUUUACAGAGAAGGUGCAGUGAAAGUUAGGCAGUUAGGCUAUUGAGGGUUCUUGGUAUAAGGUAGUUAAAUGAUGUGUCCUGGAGCCAACUUCCAUAAGGUUUCCUUUUUUAAAUGUGGUAUAGUCUCACAAGUAGAUUGAAUUUGUUA